AUGCUUGAAUGGGCUUUCGGAAAGCGCAUCACGCCAGCUGAGCGCCUGCGCAAGAACCAGCGGAUGCUAGACAAGGCUAUCCGCGAACUUGACCAGCAACGGGUCAAGCUCGAAAAACAAGAGAAGGCAUUGAUUGCUCAGAUCAAACAAAGCGCCCAAAAGGGGCAAAUGGGAGCGUGCAAGAUCCAGGCGAAGGAUUUGCGAUUCCACUACAGAUACAUCGAGAAGUUCUAUGGUAUGCGAAGCCAGCUGCAGAAGAUCUCCCUGCGACUUCAAACAUACCGAACAAAUGAGCAAAUGAUGCAGGCUAUGAAAGGCGCCACCAUGGCACUUGGUAGCAUGAACCGCACAAUGAACCUCCCGUCUCUUCAGCGUAUCGCCAUGGAGUUUGAGCGCGAGAAUGAUAUCAUGGAGCAGAGGCAAGAAAUGAUGGACGACGCAAUUGAUGACGCCAUGGAUGUCGGCGUCGAAGAGGAAGGUGACGAGGUUGUUGAGCAGGUCCUUGAGGAAAUUGGUGUCGACCUUACCCAAGCUUCUACAACGUUACCAGAGGGCAAAAUUGCUCAGGCAAUCGGCAGUGGCGGAGACGGCGGCGGCGCCGGCGGCGGCGGCGGCGACGACGAUCUUCAAGCCCGCCUGGACAGUCUACGGCGAUAG